CAUAUGUAUAAAUUCGACAGAGAUUAAGUUUGUGUUAAGUUUAUUGAAAGCAACAAAAGCACUGCAUUCUAUUCGGCACCGGGAAAAAAAAAAGUUACUCUUUCCGCAUUACGAUUUACUGAUUUAAAAUAAAUAAUACCCACGGCACGUAAAUGCAUCACAAACAUCGGAAGAAUUGCUGCUUUAUUUGCACUUUUCCGCCAAGUUUUGCACCGCAACCUGCGUGUUCUUUUAUCCAAUUUGGUUUCAUUUCAACUUCUCGCCGUUUUUCACGAUGCGCCUCGUUGCUGUUUCCAUGAAAUAUUAAUCACCAGAGACCGGAGCAGAAAGCAAACGAGGCCCGUGUGGCAGCUGAUGGCCAAGAGAGAGGCGCCCUCGUCCCGCCUGACAAGCCGCUGCAUGCCCGCCAGCAUCCACCGAAAAACCGAGUACCCUCCCGACGCCCCUUGUGGCCGCCCAAAGCGCCGAGACGAGCCGCUGCUGUCCGCAUCCUGCGCGCGGGCGCCCCAGGACUCAGCGAGUGUUUUCGGGGGGUGAACGUGAAGGCAGUGUCGUCGCUGAUUGGCCAAUGCGGCCAUCAAUCAUCAUUGCAGCGCCCGCCCAUGUAGGUGACGUUUCCGUGCCAAAGCAGGCAGGCCAGUGCGAGACAACAAAAGCUCGCGUGGGGGGCAAAAUGCGAGCCGUCGGCGGCCCAACGCUUCGUCACUAGCCCGGCACACUUCCACUCGUGGACUGGAAGCCAACACGAUGACUUUGACGAGGAGAUUGUGACGACAACAAGGAGAUUGUGUGGUGUUGCGUUUGAGUGUUUACGUGCUCGACACGCUCUCGUCCGUCACAACAAACAUUCAGGUGUGAUUUCCUGGCGCGGCGUCGUUGUGGAGCUGCCACACGCCCGAGCCCACCGGCACCACGACGGCCCUGGCUUGCAUCCUCCAGUGUUUGUUCUGUCAGCAAGUCCAGCAGAGUUGCAACCCGUCCGGAGCGGACGGCUGCGCCGGCGAGGAGCUCCGGUCCUCGGACAUGGUCAAGAUGACCAAGUCCAAGACCUUCCAGGCCUACCUGCCCAGCUGCCACCGCACAUACAGCUGCAUCCACUGCAGAGCGCACCUGGCCAACCACGACGAGCUCAUCUCCAAGUCGUUCCAGGGGAGCCAAGGACGAGCUUAUCUUUUUAACUCUGUAGUGAACGUGGGCUGCGGUCCGGCCGAGGAGCGGGUUCUCCUCACUGGUCUUCACGCCGUGGCCGACAUCUACUGUGAAAACUGCAAAACCACGCUGGGCUGGAAAUAUGAGCACGCUUUUGAGAGCAGUCAGAAAUACAAAGAGGGAAAGUUCAUCAUCGAGCUGGCUCACAUGAUCAAAGACAACGGAUGGGAGUGACGCUCAACGCUGUUGUUUGUGCGCUCGCUUGUCCACUGAGACAAGUGGACGCCCCCCUACCCGCACCCCCUUCCCUCGCCCCCUCCUCUUUAUGUGACAUCAUCACGCCACAGGGAGGCGACCAUGCUUUCUGACUUGACUUGGUGACGUUUUGUUGAACAGUGAUGGACUACUUCUGUAUGUUAGCGGCUACGCGGUUAGCCUCUUUGUUUUUUUUUUUUUUGUUUUUUUUUUUUUUUUCUUCUCGACGUGCUGCUAACACAGGCGUCGAUUUGACUAAAUAAUGUAGCAUUGGUGAAGGAGCUAGCGCGUAAGCAAGCUGGCAGGUUCGUGAGCUAUUUGCGGCGAACUUAAAUGUUGGAGAGCUGGCAGCGGGAUCUGAACAAUUCCGCGAGCUAGCAUGUUCUGGAGCUAACACGCUGCUGAAGUAGUGUGCAAAUGUUAGAUUUUUAUUAGGAAACUGUACCCUUCUUUUGGUUUCUUUUUUUGCUUUUAAAUUAUUUUGUUUCCAAAGUUUCUGAUGGUUAGCAAGCUAGAAAGUCGGCGGGUUAGCAUGUUAAUUUUGCAUUUUCUUUACAAUAUUUACCCUGUUUUGGUUUCUUCUUAGGUGUUUUCUUUCCCAGGUUUCAUGUUACAACAAAAAACAAGUGUUUCCCCACCAUAAAUAUUUGAAAUGACACACUAGGCACAUUAAUAUUUAAAUAUAUAAAAUAAGAAGUUAGUAGUAGGGUUUGGUUAAUGUGAGAGUGGCUGGUUCCAUUUCAGAAACUGAUUUCAGAUCCUUAGAAAGAGAGGUUAUUUAGUACAGUAUGUAGAUAUUAUACAUAUAUUUAUGAAUAUAUAUAUACACACAAUAUAUGCAGUCACUGUUGUUCGCUACCAUGCACACGUGUAUUUGGAUAUGACGCUCAACUGUUUUCUGCAGUUUGCGGAGUCAUCUGCUUCAUGUCAGCUUGGAGGUCAAAACACAACAACGUUAGGACUUUUAAAAAAAAAAAAUAAUAAUAAUGACAAGUUCUUGCUUUGCUUUAUUACAUUUUAAUAACAUUUCUGACAUUUUCCCUUCUCGAGACAGUAAGACUCUUUUUAGUAAUACAUAAUUGGUCGGGUUGGGCAUUGUUUCAAUUUGAGCGAUUUCGGUACCAAGCCCAGUUCCUUUUUUCAAUUGUGAUUCUUCAAAAACGUUAACAUGAUUAAAGUGUCAAAAUUAUGAUUAUAUAAUUAUUCUGGACUGUUUUAUCAUGUCAAACGGUUUAGAGGUGCACGUUUUACCUUGGCGUCCUGUUUUGAGCUCGUAGCCUUUUAUUUUGAAGGGCAUGCAAUCGGAACUAAGAAUUUUUCUACAAAAAGUAACUGCAAUAUUUUCUCCGAUUUUCUUUUUGCAAUCAACGUAACCAAAUGCUAUAAAACAUUCCUUCCCCACCGAUGUGACACACUGUUAGUGUGUCCCCGCCCCCCCCCCCCCCCCUCAUUCAUUGCGACGUAAAGUUGCUUUGGUGACGUUUUAGCUCAGAAUUUCGUUGAUUCCGGGAUUCAAAGUGAUCAUCGAUGCCCAACCCUUGCAAUUUAAUAUUUUUCUUCUCUUUCCACUUGUGCUUAUGUGAUGAUGGAUAUUUACAAAAUUUUUAAAUUUGUUUUUGUGGCAGAGUGUUACAACUUGUUGCCGUGUUUUUUUGGUUUGUUUUUUUUAUUUUAUUUUUUUUGAGUCACGACAUUUUGUCAUUUGACAUUAUAGACAAUUUCGGUCUGUAAUGCUCGACAAUGACGUUUUCUUUCAUGUUUGAAGGUUGAGUUACAUUUUCCUGUUGUUUUGUAAUGGAUGCUUGCACUUCCUCUUUUUUUAGAUCUAUGAUUCCAGACAUUGAAAAUAUUUACUCAUUCGUGUGUGCUGGACAUUUCUUUUAUUUUUCUGGUGAUGGAGGGUUACAAUAUUUCCUCUUUUAAAUUUUAUGUUGGAAAUGAGAGUUACUACAUUUUGAUAUUUUAUUUGUAUGAUGUUGGUUAGAGCAUUGGCUUCACAGUUCUGAGGACGGGUGUUUGAAUCCCGGACCCACCUGUGUGGAGUUUGCAUGUUCUCCCCGUGCCUGUGUGGGUUUUCUCCGAGCACUCCAGUUUCCUCCCACAUCCCAAAAACAUGCAUUAAUUGGAGUCUCCAAAUGUCCCCUAGGUAUGAUUGUGAGUGUGACUGAUCUCUGUCUUGAUGUGACCUGCAAUUGAACCAGUUCAGGGUGUACCCCGCCUCCUGCCCGUUGACAGCUGGGAUAGGCUCCAGCACUCGUGAGCAUAAGCAGCUUAGUAAAUGGAUGGAUUAUGACCGUUCUGAUUUUUUUUGUCCUGUUUUUGUUCUCUGUGAUGAGUGCACCGAUGUUUUCUCAUUUUUACUUAAUGUUUUUGGGUUUACUUAUGUUGUGUUCGGUGGUUGCAUUUCCUCUU